AUGCAGAGCCGCAACAGCGCGUGGGGACCUGCUGCUGCUGCUGCUGCUGCUGCUGCUGCAGGUCCUGCUGCUGCAGCAGUAGCUCCUGUUAGUGGUGCUGCUGCAGUUCCCGCUGCGGCUGCCGCAGGUUAUGUUGCUGCAGCAGCAUUACCUGCAGCAGCAACAACAGCAGCAGCAGGGACACUGCCGUUAUCUGGCCCUCCAUCAGCAGCAGCAGCAGCAGCAGCAGCAGCAGCAGCAGGGCAUGAUGCACCUCCUGGUUUUGCUGCUGCUGCAGCAGCAGCAGCAUCUAUCACAGCGUUGCGGCAGCAGCUACCAGCAGGAGCUCAGUAUACACCCCACCCCAGUCAUUUUCAAUAUUCUACGAGGCCGCUGCAGCAGCUGCUGCAGCAAGCCCUUGAGCGCUGCAGGGGAGACCUUCUGUCUUGCUGCAGAGUAGCUCAGCAGCAGCAGCAGCUGCUGCAGCAGCAGCUGCAGCAAGCAGCAGCACAGGGAGAAGGAGAACGGUUUGCUGCUUUAGAAGCAGCAGCAGCAGCAAGCAGCAUACUACGCACUGCUUUGCUGCAGUAUGGGCGCCACAGCAGAGAGCUGCUGCUGAAGCUGCUGCUGCUGCAUGCGCAGGCCCCGAUGCUGCAGCAGCAAGUCGAAGCUUUUAUUCAAGAGACGCAGCAAAUGACGAGAAAGAGAAGCAGAAUUAGAGAUGUUAUCCUCACACAACAAAUGCAGCUGCAGCAGCAGCUGCUGGUGCUGCUGCCACCACCUUACCCAGUAGAGACAGCAAUGGAGGUGCUGAGUACAGGGUCAUAUCAACGGCUGCCUUUGCUGCUGCAGCAGCAGCUGCUGCUGCUGCCGCAGCAGCAGCAGCAACCCAUGCUGCUAGCGGGAGAACAGGAAGACCUUGAGGGAGUCGAAGAGGCAUACCAACACCUAGACCCUGGGGAGUGUGUGGAGACGCGUAAGCGGCUGCAGGACGCGCUGCUGCUGCAGCUGCACAUGGCUUCUCCGCAGCAGCAGGCGGUGUAUAUACACCUCAAGCGCAACGGCAGCAUUCAUUUGCUGCUGCCCAAUCUCUGUGCUCUUGAUGCUGUCUCAGACAUCGCCAGCCUGCAGGUGCUGCGUGCUGAUUUGACUCUGCUGUCGCGCUUGGGUUUUGCUGUGACGGGAGCAGAAGCAACAGCAGCAGCAGCAGUAACAACGGCUGCUGCUGCUGCUGCUGCAGAUAUCAAUGCGCUGGCUGUCUCCAUCUUCAGACAAAACUGCAAAACGGCCGUAGAGAAAGCAAAUCUGGAUCGGGGCCGGGUAGAGUUGGAGGGGAUGAAGGCGAAGACAGCAGCAGCAAAUCGCAGCAGCAGAGAGGAAAUGCUGCAGCAGCUAAGUGCUAUUCAAGAAGUAGCGCGUCAGCUGGCGGUGCAGCUGCCUGAAGAAGCCCUUGCUGCUGCUGUUGCUGCUGCUGCUGCUGGCGGGGAGCCUAAUAAGCCUGAGUCAGAACCUAGCAGCAGCAGCAGCAGCAUGAUGAAGACUGACGACAGCUAUGAAGCGGCGCCUUCUACUGCAGCAGCAGCAGCCCCAACAGAAGCGCAAGGAGCAGCAGCGGCAGCAGCACCAGCGGAGGAAGCAGAAGCAGAAGCAGCAGCAGCAGCAGCAGCAGCAGCAGAAGCUCCUCUGCAGCCAUUCGAUGCCUUCGGGUCCCUCUUCCUUGAAGCUAAGCGGCUGCUUUACUGCAUUUCGCUCGACUUGCUGCAGCAGCAGGCGGUGAAGCACUUAGAUGUUGCUGCAGCUCUCUCUGCUGCUGUUGCUGCUCUCCGCAGCAGCAGCAGCAACAGCAGCAGCAGCAGCAGCAAGCUGCACUCCAAGGACUCGCUGCUGCACUUUGUGAUGUACGUUGCUCUGUCUCACGGCGGGGUGAUUGUCUCUUCAGGUGUACCGGCAGAAGCUGCUGCAGCAGCUACUGCUGCUGCUGCAGCUCCUGCUGCUGCUGCUGCUAAUGCUGUUGCUGCUGAGGUGGAUGUAGUAGAGGAGUCGGCGUUGCAGCUCGCAAGCGAUUUGGGAGAGCCAGCACCUGCGGUUGCUGCUGCUGCUGCUGCUGCUGGGCCUACAGCAGCAGCAGGCGGCGGCGCAUUUAUUCCCUUAUCCACAGCAGCAGCAGCAGCAGCAGCAGCAGCAGCUGGAGGUGCUGCUCGCCGGGUGCUGCUGCAGCUCUCUAUCCUGAGGUACUUCGAUGUCUCUUGCGGGGGCCUGCGCCCUGCAGUGCAGCACCUGUAUCCUCCUGCUGCUGCUGCAGCAACAGCAACAACAACAACAACAGCAGCAGCAGCAGCAGCAGCAGAAGGUAGCCUCCAGGGCGAGCAGCGCCACAGGGCUGCGGCGACUGAGGCAGAGAUGGCUUUAGACUCGGACAGUGGUGCAGCAGCAGCAGCAGCAGCAGCAGCAGCAUCAACAGGAUCAGAAGUCCUAGAGGGACAGGAGGAGGAGGAGGAGGAGGAGCAGCAGCAGCAACAGCAACAGCAGCAGGAGCUGCUGCUUCGCGAAGGCGCAACGCUGCGCUUCUCACUCGAUGUUGUUAGCUUCAAAGAGCUGGAGGUGCACCUGUGGCCGCUGCAUUCUCUAAUGGAGCUGCUGCAGCAGCAGCAGCAGCAGCAACAGCAGCAGCAGCAGCAGCAGCAGCAGUUGACAGCAGCAGAUGUGUUUGCACUGCGCGUGCUGCAGCAGCAAAGCUGCUGGCUUCGCCUGCAGACGUGGAGAGGAGACAGGCUGCAGCUGGAGCAUUGGCUAGCAGAUGCAGCAGCAGCACUUGGUCUGCUGCAGCUGCUGACUCUUGCUUUCUACCUAGCUCCCCCUGGCUCUGCUGCUGCUGCUGCUGCAGCAGCAGCAGCAGCAGCACCAACCACAGCACCGCCGCCCCCAGUUGCUGCACUUGCUGCUGUCGCUGCUCCCGACUCGCUGCAGAUCAUAGUCAACGGCGCACCGUUACCUCUGCAGCAGCACCAGCAGCAGCACCAGCAGCAGAAGCAGCAGCAGCAGCAGCAGCAGCAGUUGUUUGAUGGGGGCACUUGUUUGCGCCUGGUUUACUAUGGUUUAGCCUGCGACAUCUCUAUUUCUAUGCUGAGUGGAGCGUUGCUGCUGCAGUGCUUAUGGCUGCCACCGCGGCUGCAGCAGCUGCUGCAGGAAGCAGCAGCAGCACAUGUUGCUGAUUUGCUGCUGCUGCUCCCGCUGCUUAGACGCCUCGCCUUCUCUGUUCGCUUCGCCGAGGAGGCAGCAGCAGCAGGAGCGAGGGUGUUGCCUGCAGCAGACGUAGGUGCAGCAGGAUGGUGUGUCCCUGCUGCAGCAGCAAAAGCUUCUGCUGCUGCUGCUGCUGCACCUGCUGCUGCUGCUGCUGCUGUUGCUGCUCAUCCGAAGAGUGUAUUGGCUACGGAGGCAAUCGACGCACUGCAGCAACUGCUGCAUAGCGGAGAGCAGAGAGGGGCUUCUGCUGCAGCUGCUGCUGCUGAUGCUGAUUCUGCUGCAGUUAACUCGCAGCAACAGCAGCCUCGCUCUUCUGCUGCUGCUGCGGCUGACAGCAGCACUGCAACUCUUUUCCUUCGCAUUGAGCUGCAGCAACAGCAACAACAGCAGCAACAGCAGCAACAGCAACAGCAGCAGCAGCAGAAACAGCAGCAACAGCAACAGCAGGCAAUUGUUGCUGCAGUUGUGGAGAACGAGCGCUACAUCAGGGCGAUUGCGCAUCCUCCGCUUAAGCUGCAGCAGCUGCAGCAGCAGCAGCAGCAGCAGCAGCAACAGGAAGAGCUGAUAGGCAAAGACGGAUGCAUCGAGGUGACGGUGCAGCAGUAUGUUGCUGCGCUGCAGCAGCUGCUGCAGGAGCAGCAGCAACUCUUUACUUUGCUGCAGCAGCUAUCGCAGCAGCUACCCCAAUCUGUGGAGUGCUUCCUGCGGCCAUUUGCCCCCGCUAACAGUGCUGCUGCAGCGGCUGCUGCUGCUGCUGCUGCUGCUGCAGCAGGCGACGAGGAGCCAGCCGCAGCAGAGUUUUGCCUUACAAGCGCACUGCAGCAGCAAACAGGGAAGCCCACGGGGGGGGAGGCACCGGAGAGUGCUGAGCAGCAGCAGCAGCUGCAGCAGCAGCAGCAGCAGCACGGGCUGCUGUUGCAGUGGUGCUUGCAGCAGCAGCCAGCGGUGUUGCUGCGAAGCAGCACUGGAGAUUUAGGAGAUGGAGCCGCAGCAGCAGCAGCCGCUGCAGCAGCAGCAGCUUGCGAUCAGGAUGAGGAGACCGCUGAGCAGCAGCAGCAGCAGCAGCAGCAGCCCUGGGUGGUGUACAUACACCGGAAGAGGCCCCUUGUUUCUUUCAUAUCUUUUGCUGCUCCUGAUGCGAGCUCCUGCUGCUUCUCUUUGCUGCUGCAGCAGCAGGAGGCGACUCGUUUAGCAUUGCUCCCGUGCAGUCCGCAGCAGCAGCAACAGCAGCAGCAGCAGCAACAACAACAGCAGCAGCAGUUGCUGCUAAUGCUACCCACGGCGCGAAGAGAUGUCUCCAUUUCCUGCGUGCUGCAGCAGGCGAUCAAGCAGCAGCAGCAGCAGCAGCAGCAGCAACAGUCGCUGUGGUAUUCGUGUAGCAGCACCGCGGCUACAGCCCCGCUGGGCCUAGGAAAUGCUGCUGCUGCUGUUGCACCGCAUCAGCAACAGCAGGUGCUGCAGCAGCAGCAACAGCAGGUACAGCAGCAGCAGCAACAGCAACUGCUGCAGCAACAGCAGCCGCUGCAGCAGCAGAAGCAGGAUGCUGUGCUGGCUGCAGCUGCAGCAGCCCAGGAGCUUGCUGUGUUUCGUUUGCUGCAGCAGGAAGCAGUGCUGCUGCAGCAGAAGUGGGGGGAGAUGUUGCUGCUGCUGCACUGCUGCCCUUUCUCGUUGAAGCUGCGUCUUUUGCUGCUGCAUGGCCGCGCUCUGAAGCACACAGCAGCGGCAACAGCAGCAGCAGCAGAUGAAGAUGAGGGUGUUGUGGCUGCUGCUGCUGCUGCACGGGAAGCGGAGGCAAAACAGGAGGAGGUAUAUUUAAGGUUUAGUGUUUGCAGGCAGCAGCAGCAGCAGCAGACUGUCGUUGAAGUUAGCAGCAGCAAUGUGCUGCUGCAGCAGUUACUGCAGCAGCUGCUGCAGCAACUCCUAGGCACACCAGCAGCAGCAGAGCAAAUCCAUAGGAGCGGAAGGCCGCUGCAGCAGCUGCUGCGGCUGCUGCUGUGUGGGGCUGAGUUUUUAUGCUGCUGCUACAGGCUUCCUGCUGCGCUGCUGUGCUACAAAUCCAUUCCCCAGCAACAGCAGCAGCAGCAGCAUCAACUGCAGCAACAGCAGCAGCAGCAGCUUGUGCUGCAGCAGUGGUGCCACGCAGCAGAAGCAGCAAAGGGAGGAGGCGUCUCUUUGCUGCCGUUAUACUUGGAGGCAUCAGGAGGGGGCCGUUCUGCUGCAGCAGCAGCAGCAGCACCUGAUGUUGCUGCGGCUCCUGCUGCAGCAGCAGCAGCAACAGCCAGUGGCGCUGCUGCAGGAGACUGCUCUGCAGGAGACCUGCUGCUACCUUUCCUGCUGCUGUAUAUCGAUGGGCUUCCCCCGCUGCUGCUGCGGCAGCACUCGCGCUGUCGCUCUCUGGUGUCUGUACACCUCGUGCUGGAGGAGACCAGACAAAUCAGACAGCAGCAGCAGCAGCAGCAGCAGACCAGAGCAGCGACGACAAAGCAGCAGCCGACGCACACCAUUACCUACUUCUCUCCUCAAAAGCCUGCCAGCAGCAGCAGCAGCAGCAGCAACAGCAGCAGCAGCAGCAGCAGCAGCAGCAGCAGCGAGAGCACCGGCCUGUAUUCUGGGGAGUUUAUUGCGGGGCUAUGUCAUGUGCUGCAGCAGUUUGCUGCUGCAGCCUCUGCAGUGCUAGUGCAGCAGGAGGAGGCAUCUUUGGAUGCAGUAAAGAACAGCAGCAGCAGCAGCAGCAGCAGCAGCAGCAGCAGCAGAACAGCAGCAGCAACAGCAGCAGUGCGCCACCUAAUAGGAGGGCAGGGGAGUAGGUGUUUGGGUGCUGUGCAUAGUUUUGCUGCUUCCAGGUUUACUGCUGCUUCUUCUUGUCUGCGCUGCACUGCGACUGCUGCAGCAGCAACAGUGCUGGUGUGGCCGGGGCUGCUGCUGCAGCAGCUGCUGCUGCCGCUGUUGCAGACAUGCAAACUAUAUGCUGCAUUUGCUGCUGCUGCACCUGCUGAAGGAAGCAGCAGAAUGCGCUUUGUUGCUGCAACAAAUGAUUUGCUGCGCAGCAGCAACGGGGCACCCAUCGCCCUCCUCGACCUCACGCCGCCAACGCUGCAGCAGCAGCAGCAGCAGCAGCAGCAGCAGCAGCAACAGCAACAGCAGCAGCAACAACAGCAGCAGCCGCAACAGCAGCAACAAUUUACGCAUUUGGUGUUGUCGCUGUCUCUUGCUCAAAUGCAGGAAGUGCUGGUGCUACCUGGGCACACGGAGCAGCAGCAGCAGCAGCAGCAACAGCAGCAGCAGCCGCAGCAGCAGCAGCAGCAGCAAAAACAGCACAGUGCAGAGUUUGUUUUGCAUUGGUCUGAUGCCCUCACUGAGGCGGUGCUGCUGCCGCUAAGCGAGCAGCUGCCUGAUCCUUCUGCUGCUGCUGCUGCUGCUGCUGCUGAUAAGAGCUGCAGUUCUACUCUGGCCGUUAAGAUGGAGGCGGACAGUACGGUGGAGGCACUGCAGCAGCAGCAGCAGCAGCAACAGCAGCAACAGCAGCAACAGUGUAGCUGCUGCGGCAUCCCCUGCAUCAAUACUCCAUUGUCGCUGCACGGAAGCCCCCUUGGUGGCUGCAAUCGGUUAUCCCGUGCUGCUCCCUUUGUGCAGCUGCAGCUGCAAACGAAUUACGAAGGCCGCGGCAUUUCAGUUCUGCAGCAGUUCGUCCGUUUCGUCUCUCCUUUGCUGCCUCCCAGCAGCAUACAGCUCUUUACGGUGUAUCUGCAGCGGCAGCUAGAGACAGCAGCAGCAACAGCAGCAGCAGCAGCUGCUGCUGCUGCUCCGUCAGCGAACAGGGGCAGCAGCAGCAGCAGCAGCAAAGGCAGCAACAAAGACGCCCCCCAGGAGUUUGCUUGCUGGCUGCUGCAGCCUCUGAGGACGUUAUUUUCGCAUUUGCUGCUGCAUGCAGCUCUUGCUGCUGCUGCCAUGCGCUGGCAGCACGGCAAACGGUCUGCGGCUAACAGCAGCAGCAGCAGCAGCAACAGUGGGGAGGCAGCAGCAACGGCAGCAGAACCAGCAGCAGCAGCAGCAGCAGCAGCAGAAGAGUCGCUCGAAGAGGAAUUUCAAAUUCGCAGGCUCAUAGCGACGAAGAAGAUGGCGGUUAGAGGCCCUGAAACUGCUGCUGCUGCUGCUGCUGCUGCUGCCUCUCUUGCUGCUGCUCCUGCUGCAGCUGCUGGGGACGAAGCACCCGCACCAGCAGCAGCAGCAGCAGCAGCAGGAGCAGCAGCAGCAGGAGACAGUCUUUACGGAGAGGGUCUCUUCUUUGCUGCUUAUUACGGGGCUAACCUUCAGGAGUCUCCUACCCUUCAUCGUGUUGCUGCUUUGCUGCUGCAUUAUUUGCUGCCGCUGCUGCAGCAGCCUAUGCUACAGGGCAGAUUCGCAAAGGCAGAGAAGGUUGUUGCUGCUGCUGUUGCUGCCGCUGCUGCUGCUGCUCCUGGAAGCACCGUAGUGCUGCAGCAGCAGCAGCAGCAGCUGCUGCACUCCCUCCGGAAAGAACCCGCUGCUCGCCCUGCAGCACCAGCACCAGCAACAGCAGCAGCAGCAGCAGGAGCAGCAGGAGGGCCCUGUGCUGCAGGUGCGCCAGCUCUUGCAGACCAGCAGCAACAGCAGCAGCAGCAGCAGCAGCUGUUGCUGCAGCAGCAGCAGCAACUCGCUGAAGGGAAGAGGCUAUAUUUAGAUUUGCUGCUGCCGCGCCAACCAUUUGUAUUACCGCACUUCCUAAAGGCAGACACCAGUGAAGGGUAUAUUAAUUAA